GAAUCCUGCAGGACGACCCCAUCCCCUAUUCCAAGUAGAUAAUAUCCAUCAUUCCUAUUUUCGCUGCGCCAAGUUGCGCUGCCACCUUCAUAAUGUAUGCUAAUAAAGAAAAGCCGGGACCGAAACCCUUGACACCAUCCCAGCGAGCACGGAAAAGAGCCGCGGACCGGAAGUUCCGCAAAACAUCUCGUGAGAAGACCAAAAGUUAUAUUGCCCAUCUAGAGAAGCUGGUUGAGGCUAGCAGUGCUCCGUCUAGCGACUCUGAAAAGGUUCAAUGUCUCAUACAACAGGCGGACGAGAACUACAAUGCUGCCCUCCAGCUCCGGUGUACCUUGACGAACAUUAUUGAGAUGGCCCAAUCAAGCCUCCAAGGGUCAAGCGAUCGCAUAGCCAGGCCUCCCUUGUCGGCGAUAACUGAUCUGGCUUUUGCAGUGGGGGCCAGCGACCAGGAAGGCAUACAAUCUCCACCUGAGGGCAGCAGUAGCGAAGCCAUGGAGACUGUUGGACCAGGUUUCGCUUUGGACCGAUGUAAUAAACAGCCGCAUUAUCAAGAUCUUGAACAGUUGUUUAACGCCGCGGAACCGCUUCAGCGACAUAAUGAUGACUUUACGCCGUUCAUAUCCAUGCCACCAAACCCAGAUCAGAUGGAACUGAUGGCUGGUAGCACUCCGGAUCCUUUCCAGGUAAUCUCCAAUAUGUCAGGUCCAGAGGAGGCAUACUGCUGCCGCGAAUCGGCUUCUCCAGAAACCUCUGAACCGCCAAAAUCAGCUCUCUUAACGCCGUGUUCGAACAACGGUUCCAUGUCUAUGUGGAAUUCAUUGGAAACCAUUACACACAACGCCCUAGCUUCGACCAAACAGAUCAGACCAUUGGUCUUUGGCCAAAUACAGAGGGCCCACGAUGAUAAUGUUUUGGUUACAGCGCUCGUGCACGGUUGGAAUCUAGUACCGGAAAAAUACUUACUGGAUCCCAUCUGGCAAGCGAUUCGUCAUAUGGACGAGGAAAUUCUGUCGCUUUAUGGAGCCGUGGAGAAGCUUGCUAUGAUGUAUAUAUUGGCAUUACAACUCUCGCAAUAUCUCAGAGGGGGGCAGAUUUGCGAGCUCCCGACUUUCAUGCGCCCAAGGCCCUUUCAAUCAGUCAUAGAUCAUUCCCCUUCUGCGAGCUAUUAUGUAUGGCCCGGAUUUCGUGAGCACCUCGUUGUGUGGCCACAGAAAUAUUCGGCGAAUAAAUGUCUUGCAUAUAUGGGCUCUUGUUUUCGAUUCGCUUGGUCCCUUGACGAGCAAAGCCUAUACACCUGGGAUACACGUACGGGGUUGUAUUCAUUAUCAACGGAGUUUUCUAAGCGAGUGCGGGAUUUGCAAUGCUGGACGGUCCAACGACGAUUCUUUGACGAAUAUCCAGAGCUUCGUGGGGAAAUACCGACCGACGGUGCUGAGCUGAUAAUUCCGUAUCAUUUGUCACUAGAUACAGGCCAGCAAGACCCCCACGGUCAGCGUCACGAAAAUGAACUACCCUUUGCCGCUCUAGAUAGCUUCCUAGAUCCUAUUUGCUUUUAGUAUCUCUAUAAAUCAAG